UUAUCAAAAUUGUCAGAACUCAGAAGUCAGAUUUGACUAUUUUGUUACAAUAAUGGUUCGACAGUCCUAUUCGACUCAAAAUUACAAGAAUUGAUGUCAAGCAUAAAUCACAAUUUUUUAUAAAGAACAUUUUAUUUAAAAUGAAUAGCAUUGGGGAGGAAUGCACUGAAUUAAAGCAGAAAUAUGACGAUUGCUUUAAUUCAUGGUUUUCAGAACGAUUUCUGAAAGGCGACCACGACGAUUCCAUGUGUGCAGGGAUUUUCAAAAUUUAUCAGGAAUGCGUUAAAAAAGCCAUGAAGCAACAAAAUAUUGACUUCAAAGAUGUCGAUAAAGAUGUUUUGGGUACAGAAAGCGAGUUCAAGGCACCACCAACAGAUAAUAGUUGACAUACACCAUGUAACCUCCUAUGCAUUUUGAGCCCUGUUUCUUUCAGGCAUUUAUUUAGCAUUUCAGAUUCAGAUGUAAAAUAGGUGUUAUUCAAUUGUGAAAUGUAAAUGUCGGUCAACAAAUAUUAUAUAACUUAUUGUUAUUUGAAGGUACAAAUGAAGUUACAUUUAACUAUCCAAUAUAAAUGCAUUUUUGGAACAUAAAAAAUAUUUAUAUUCUACACUAGUCCAAUUAUUCUGUUAACUACAUUAUUUAAUAUUUUAUUUUUAGGUCAAUGUUACAGGACAUUAGGUGAAUAUUUAUGUAGAAAGAGUAGUUGAAUAAACAUUUAAAAGUACAAA